UUCCCUUUCUCUUUCUCCUUUUUGGAAAAAUAGAGUUGAUUUAGUAGUUUGAGAAGGAAAAAAGAAAAAUGGCUGUGGUGAGUGUGGUAUGCGUUGUGCUGUUUAUCUCCUCAAUGUGGAUGGCUGAAGCUAGAAUUCCAGGAGUUUACUCUGGUGGAGCAUGGCAAAGUGCCCAUGCUACCUUCUAUGGAGGUGCUGAUGCUUCUGGCACCAUGGGAGGAGCUUGUGGGUAUGGAAACUUAUACAGCCAAGGGUAUGGAGUUAACACGGCAGCGUUGAGCACAGCAUUGUUCAACAAUGGCUUGAGCUGCGGUGCUUGCUUUGAGAUCAAGUGUGCAAGUGAUCCAAAGUGGUGCCAUUCAGGAAGCCCUUCCAUCUUCAUCACAGCAACCAACUUCUGCCCACCAAACUAUGCUCUUCCAAACGACAAUGGCGGUUGGUGCAACCCUCCUCGCCCUCACUUCGACCUUGCCAUGCCCAUGUUCCUCAAGAUUGCAGAGUACCAUGCCGGCAUUGUUCCCGUUUCCUACCGCCGGGUGCCAUGCCGGAAGAGGGGAGGGAUCAGGUUCACAAUCAACGGUUUCCGUUACUUCAACUUGGUUUUGAUCUCCAACGUGGCGGGUGCAGGGGAUAUCGUGAAGGUUAGCGUGAAAGGACCAAGGACUGGUUGGAUGAGCAUGAGCCGAAACUGGGGUCAGAACUGGCAGUCAAACGCUGUUCUGGUUGGUCAGUCACUCUCAUUCAGGGUCACAGGGAGUGACAGACGCACUUCCACCUCUUGGAACAUCGUCCCCGCCCAUUGGCAGUUCGGUCAAACAUUCACUGGAAAGAAUUUCAGAGUUUGAUGAUUCCACGUGAGAGGAAAAAAGAAAAGAAAAAGAAAUUAUUAACCCCAUAAGUUAAAAAAAAAAAAGAAAAAGUAAGCGGUUAAAAACAAUUGAAGUUUCCCGCCAUAAUCCAUCUCCAUUUUUACCCUUGAUGGCGCCAACAUUUAUUUUUAGGGUGAUGUUUCUUUUUGACCAAUUGGGUUGAUUUUUCUUUUUGGUUCUGACUUUUGGAUUGGUGGGUUUGUUUUGUUGUGUGAAGUAGUAGUAAUAAUAGUAAUAGUUCUCUUUUGUUUUAGGGUUAAGAGAGAAGGAGAAAGUGUUGGGGAAGGGCUGAGGCGGCUGAAAAAAAAUAUAGCCCGCAGCCUAAGUAAUAAAAUUUUGUGUUACUAGCUUAUACAUUCUGAUUAUAUAUAUAUAUAUGGGAAGUGUAUUGUAGUAACUUUAUAGUUGAAUUAAAAUAUAUAUAUUUGGUUUGUUUCUUAUGUUUCCUAAUACUAUCUUUCUAUCAAGAAUAACCUUUCCAUAUGUAUAUCAUAACUUCAAAUUUUUAACGAGUUAUUGGUAAAGCGAUGAACUAUU